UAAGAUUAACGACACCUUCGUACAGUUUAUAAGAUAUUGCUGAUUAUGCAAGUGACAGUGACGGAUGUAAGCGUCUGAAUGAUUUUAAUUCAUUGUAUUUUUAUCUCUUAAUCAUUUAUAGCUGCACAGUGCGUGAGUUCACAUCUAUACUGUUAGACAUUUGAGUUUAAAUUUUAAGUUAAAAAAUGGAAAUAACUGACAAAGUAGCUGUUGUAAAUGGUGGGUUAGGUGUAAUCGGUUCUGCAACUGUCAAAUACUUACUAACGAAUGGAGCCAAGUAUGUUGCUAUACUGGAUGUACAUGAAAGCCAUAGCGACGUUGUGAUAAACAGAAUUAAAGAAUUAGAAACCGAACUUGGAAAAGGAAAAUUUACAUAUUACGCUUGUGAUGUCACCAAAGUGCAUAAUUUUACAACAAGUCAUCCAACAGCAAAAUCAUGUCGAUAUACUUAUCAACUGUGCUGGAUUUCUUAAUGAUCGACAAAUUGACUUGACGAUCGACACUAAUUUUAUAAGUAUUAUAAUACUGUAUAUUAUAUUAAUUAUGUAGUUUUUAGUAUUUUUACAUUAUUUAAAAUCAAUUGAUUUAAUCUUCACUGCAAAUAUCGACGAUUAAAUAUUGUAUUGUAUUGCUUCAUCUUGCAGUCCAUAUAACUCACAUGUAAAAUACAACAGUCGAGCUUGUUCAAUAAAAUACAUGUGAUCAAUGUUAAUCACAAUAAAUAAUUAUAGAAAGCAACAGUCAACUGCACGCUGGUAGCGAUCGAUCACAUGGGAAAUCACAAGGGUGGAAAAGGUGGUGUAGUGGCAAACAUCGCUUCGAUUGUGGGUCUCAUGAUAACUCCAGCCGCACCUAUCUAUGCUGCUACGAAACACGACAUUAUUUCUUUCGUCAAGUCAAUGGAGGGACAUAACGAAACAUUGGGCGUACGCGUAGUUUGCAUAUGCCCUCACCUCACGGAUACCAGCAUGGUAGCCAAUCUGGAAGAAAAAAACCUCCUGUUAGACUUUUGCAAGGACUUAAUCCACGAAUCAUAUAAAACAAUGAAGCAGAAACCAGAAACCGUUGCAUCGGCUAUAAUAUAAAUCAUCAAAAAGGGAAACCUGGGGCUGUUUGGAUAACAGAGAAGGAUGAGCAGCCGUACGCAGUUAGAGCGGACACUGACAUUAGAAAAUUGCGAGAAGAAAUAUGAUAAUGUUAUCGGAACGCAAAGUAUCAUAACGAAGUGACUUAAUUGUAAAGCCGAGUAAAAAAAGCUUUGUUUGGCGAGUAGUUUAUUAUCUCUUUGAUUCAAUUAUCGUUUUAGAAUAAAAAAUUAUACGUUCAUUAAAUUUAUCUUAUCACAUAUCAGAUGGCGUUUUGGAUUGACCAUUCAUCGUCUGGAAAGACUUUGAGCAUGUUCUCGUGGCAUCGUUGAAUAAAAUUCCGAAAAGAUCUGACUUCUUACUGUUAUCCGUUCGCUCCACUCGAAAAUAACAUUAUACUUCCAAAACCAUACCCAAAUCAACAAAAAUAUACGUAAGAUCCAGACCGCAGCAAUAAACCCAUAAUCACUUCAUUCCCAGCACUCGCUCAUAUAACACAUCCAUCCAUUCACAUUUCGCGCAAAACCACUUAUCGCUCUUUCAUCAAACGCGUUCCCGCACGUAACGGCAUAAAUACACAUGAACUGGCGAAAAGAGCUUCGUCAGAAAAAGAAGCGUAUAUACCUAUAUACGCACAAGCCGCAUCGCUCCAACACGAAAUUUCGCACUUGCGGGCUCUACCCUUAAUAAGCCCUCCCAAUAAUCCAGCCCCUCAUUAAGAUCCUCGGCUCGUUCGCAG